AUGAUUUAAAAUUAAAUUUUAGAAGCAGAUCAAAUAAAUAAUGAAAAAUAAUUAAUAAGUGAACAGAAUGAUUAGAAAAAUGAGAAGGUGAAUUUAUAACAUUACAAGAGUUUUGAUAAAUAAGAAGUAUUAAGUGAAAUUGAAUAAUAUUAUACAAAUCAUAAUUCAUUAAGAAAUAUUCUUAAAGAAUUAUUGCAUAUAUCACAUAAAAUACAAAUUCCAGAUGAAUAUCUAAAUGAUAUACUUAAUUAUCUUUAAGAUAAAAAAUAGGAUUAACAAUAAAUACUUACAUGCUGUCAAAUAUUAAGAUAAUCUAUUAUAAAGGGAUCAAACAUUUAAAUUGAAAAGCUCAUUGAUAUCUUUAGUGUGAUUAGGAAUAAAGAUUCAUUAUAUGAAUUAGUUAAAAUAUUGUCUAUAAUUCAAUAAUAAAAAUAGUUAAAGGAGGAAUAUAUAAAUAAGAUUUUAAAUUUUAAUGAUCUAGAUUUAUAGAUAAGAUAAUAUCUUAUUAAACUGAAAAAUAUCUCUAAUCCAUAAAUUAAAGAAGAUUCUUCGAAUUUAGAAUAAAAUAUUUUAUAAGAAUAACAAGGUUUUUUUAGUCAUGUAAUAUUAACAUAUGAACGUCAUGAUAAUUAUGAAAUACUUUAUGAUUUUGAUGAUAGUUAAUAAAUAACUACAAUUAAUUAGAAUCAGGAGAAUAUUAUAGCAAAUGAAUUGGUUGAAGUUUCUAAUAAUGUCAUAGACAAUAGAUAAAUAGAAUUAAAAAAAAAUAAUGUUCCAAAUACUUUUUUUAAUAAUACUUAUGAUACUAUAAAAUAGAUAUAUAAAUAUGCAUAAUAACAUAAAAAGAUUUAAGAUGACCUUAAAGAUAGAUAUUUACCAGAUAAAUUAUUUGGAUCAAAAUAUUUUUCAAAUGGAAUUCUUGGUGAAUAUUUAUGUGAUCGAAUGAUAAUAUAAAUAUUUAGAAUUAUCUCUGAAAGCUAAUCAUUAAAUGAUUAAACUAUUAAUAAAGUCUUUUAAUUAUGUGAGGAGAUUAAUACUGUUAAAAAGUUUUUCUUAUAAGAUUUAUCUGAUGAUAUUUAUGUUAAUUCAAUUCACAGAAGUGAAAUAAAAAUAGAAAAUUUGGAUUCAAUUGAAGAAUUUGUUAAAAAGAUUCUAAAGGUAUUCUUUGACUUUGAUCAAUUUCAUACUAAAUUUUCUAUUAAUCAUACUGGUUUAAUCGGUAAUAGUUCAUUAAGCUGUUUUGGAGAUAAAAAUAGCAUAGUUGUUGAAAAAGUAAUUGAAAUUAUGUUAUCUGAAUUUUAAAAAUUAAGAGUAUGUGCUAUUUAAAUUAUUCACAAUCUUGUUUCCAACAAUUUAAUUGUCUUAAAUGAUACAAAAAUAAAAUUUAUUGAAAGCCUUUAAUAUCUUGAUGAAUAAAAUUUUGAAUUUCGUGUAGUUGCUUUAAAGAUUUACUGUUUAACUAAUAAGAAUAAUUCUCAAGAUGUGUUUAAUGUUUGUAUGAAAAAAAUAGAAAAGAAUUAAUUUGAAGGAAUUGAAUAUAUACUCAGUCAGACUUUAACAAUUGAAAAUGCAGAACGCUUAUUAGGGGCUAAUAUAGAGAUGAUAAUUGGUAAGAUUACAUCUGAUACAAUAUAAAAAGAAAAUGAAAUUAAGAAGAAAUUAACUGAAAUUGUUAGCAUUUUUUUAAGUUAUGAGAAGUUAAAUAUUAAUGAAAAUGAUUUUGAAAGAUUAUUCGAUCUUUUUUUUAAAUAUUAAGACUCAGAUUUAUAAUACAAAUUUUACUUACUUAAAUCUAUUAUAUAUUUUUUAAAAAAGAAUCAAGAUCAUUAAGAAAAUAAAUACAAUAAGCUUAUUGAUAAUUUAUCUAAAUUUGAAGAUUAAUUAUAACACUUAAUUAUUUUAAGUUUAGUAACUACAUUUAAAAAAGGCUCAAAAUUUAAAAUAAAAAUUUCUGACUGUUUAAUACAAAAAUUAAAAGUUUCUUAAAAGAUAAAUCCAAAAGGAAUGAUUAUUGAAGAUAAUGAUACUAAUAAUCCAAGUAUUUCUUUAAUUGUUACUGAAAUUAUUUAUAAUUAAGUAUCACAAUAUCAUAUCUAACUUUCAUAAAUAACAAUCGAUUACUUGAUAUCAAAUCUAAAGGAUUAAGAUAAUAAUUUAACAUUGUAAACUGCAAAAAUAUUAGCUGAAAUUGACUAAGAUAUUUCAAAAGAGAAUUAUGAUAAAUUAAUUUUGCAUUUUUUUGAUAUUUUUAAUGAUUAAAAGGGAUAAUCAUUUAUUUAUGCACUUGUGUAUACAAAAGCUAUUUUGAUAAAGUAAAUUAAUGAGGCUAUUGAAUUUAAAUAUAUUGAUAUUUUAACUUAGAUUUGUCAUUUAGAUGAUUAUUCUGAAAAUAAAGAAUACUAAUAAAUUUAAUAAAAUAUAUUAACAAUCUUAAAUAAUUAAACAUAAAAAAAAUAAAAUAUACCAAUAGAAUUUAUGAUUUAAUUUGAAAAUAUUUUGAUUCAGGAUUUAUAAAUCUAAAAUAAAAUUAUUGAAAUUCUUAUAGGUUAUACAAAAUAUUAAAAAAUACCAGAUAGAUUAGUAGUAGUACUUGAAAUCUAAUUAAAUAAAUCAGAUAUAUAAUAAAAAUGCUUAGUGAUUUUAGAAUAAGUUAUUCGUAUGGGUUAAAUUGUUAGUGAUACUACAUUAUAAAAAUUUAUUGAUAAAAUAUCAAACAUGGAAGAGGGUUCUGAUAAAUAUUAUGAAAUUUUAGAAAUAGUAGAAAUGAAUCAUUCAUUAUCUGAAAAUAUAUUUACAUCUAUAUAAUUAGAAAGAGCUGGAUAAGCAAUUAAAUAGAAAUCUAAUGAUUAUAAUCAUGCAAUAAACUAUAUAUAUUAAAAAGUAUAAGAAGGUUAAGUAAUAUCAAACAAUAUAUUUUAAAUUAUUGAAAAUACAUUAGAUGAAUUAAAUGAUACUGUAAUUAAAAUAUUAGAAUGUGUAUCUAGUAAUAAUUAAAUCAUUCCAAACUCAGUUGUUGAUAAACUUUAGAAAAAAUUGAAUAAUUAAGAUAUUAAUGAAAAUAUUAUACGUAUAUUUAUUAAUAUGGUAAAGAAUAAUUAAGAAUUUUCUGAAGAACUUAUACUUAAAUUAGAAGAAAUGUUAGAUAAUUAAACUAUUACUUAAUUGAUAGUUUAAUUUUUUGCAAUUCCUAGUUAAAAUUGUAAAUUAUUUUCCACAUAAUUAAUUGAAAGAUUAUGUAUGCAUAUAUAAAAUACAAAUGAUAUAAAUUUAGAAUUUAGUCUGCUCUAAGCAAUCAAUACUAAAAUUAAUGCCAAUAAUAUAUUUUAUUAAGAUGCUUAACAUCUUAAUUUAGUUAUUUAAGUUUUAAUAUCAAAACUUUAGAUAUCUAAAUAAAUUUUAAUUCCUUUAUGUUUAAAAAUUAUUAAUGAUAUACAAUUACGUCAAAAUAUAUUAGACACAUAAUUAUAAUCAAUAUUAAUAAUAUUAAUAAAAUAAAAAGAAAUCAAAUAUGAAAUAAAAAUAAAAAUUAGUAAAAUAUUAAAAUUAUGUGAACUUGAUGCAUAAACAACUUAAUUUAUCAAUUAAUUUUUAUUGACUUAGGAUUUGAAUACUAAUAAUAAAAAUAAUUUGUUAACUUUAAAUGAUAUUAAUGAAUAGAUUGAAUUAUUACCUGAAACUUUAGAUUAAAUUAAUUAAAUUUUAUAAGAAUGUAAGGAUCAUGAACUUUUAUAAUUAGCUAUUUCUUUAUUAAAUAAUUGCAAAAAUAAAGAUUAAAUACCAGAUAAUAUAAUAUAAAAUAUUGUGAUGUUUAUUUCAUACAAAGAUUAGGCAUCUCAAUGUUUUAAACUUCUCAAUCAAAUAGCUUAAUCUACAAAAUCAUUUCCAAAUACUAUUUUAACAUUUUUAAUUGAUAAUUAUUCAGAUCAAUUAGAAUGUGCCUUAUUUUCAUCAAAAGGAAAUGAAAUAUUAAAUGAUAAAUUGAAAAUAAUUGAAUAAUUAGAUAAAAAAAUACCCUAUGAGUGCUCAAUUGAUUUACUUAAAAGAAUCAAUAAGUCUAUGAAAUUAGGAUUUAUAUUUUCAGAAUAAAGAAUAAAAUUAUUUUGUAAUACAUUCUAAUUAGGAAAGUUAUAAAAAGAUUAGAUUUAUAUUUAUUCAAAAAUUUUAUCUAAAUUUGUGUUGAAUUAAUUAAUUUUUAAUGAAGAUAUAGUAAAUUAAAUAGAAGCAUUAAUUUAACUAAAUGAUAUCAAAAUAACAAAUAAAAUAAUUAUAGCAUAUACAAAGAUUAUAGAAUAAAAAAAGUAUUAGAAUCUUCAAAAUUGUAUAGAUUGUUUAUUGAACAAAGAAAUAUAGAAUUUAGCUUUAAGUGAAUGUAUUUAUUGUGCUUGUUAAUUUGGUGAUAAUUUGUAAUAAAGUUGGGUGAAAUUUCUAGAGGUCAAUCUGAUAAAUAAAUCUGUAAUUAUUAGUAAUUUUUGUUUUAAAGGAUUACGAAUUGCUAAGGAAAAAGGAUUUAAUUCUAAAUUUUUUAAUGAAUUUUGUGAUAUAAUAAUAAAAGUAUUAGAACAAAUUAAAAUGCCAAUUGAUAGAGACGACGAUCUACUUGAAACCAUAAAUUAUUUAUAAUAGUAUGAUUUAGCUAAAACUUUUAUCAAUUGUGAAGAUUGGAAUAUAGGAUUACUUGAAAAUGGUUUUGAAAUAAAAAAUACAGGAUGUUAAAUGAUUUAAAUCAAAAAUAUUAUUAAUUAGGAUGAAAAAAAUCAAAAAUAUUAUACUUAAUUUUUAAAAACAAUUAUUUAAAUUGAAGGAAUGAGUUAAAUUGAAUUUAAAGAUUUAAUUAUUUUUAUCAAAACAAUAGGAUUAGAAAAUAUAACUUAAUUAUUGAAAUAAAAUAUUAUCUAUAAUAGUAAAUAAAUUAAGGUAAAAUUAUAAUGGUUAAAAUUGAGAUAAGAAUGGUUAAAUUAGAUGAUAAUUAAAAAGAUAAAUAUACAACUUUUAAAUAGUCCAUAUAUUUAAAUUUUGACAAGCCUUAUAAGUAAUUAUGAGUAAUUAAAUUGUGAAUAAUCUGCUUAUUUUUUUGAAUAAUUAAAAGAGAUCGACAAUUUUCAAGAAUUUUAAAGUCUCUUAGAGUUUAUUAUAAAAUAUAAAUGUAUUAUUUAGAAGUCUGAACAAUAAUAUACAGUAAAGGAAUUAAAAUAAUAUUUUGAAAUUUAAAUUAUAAUUCUUAGAUUUCCAAAAUAUUAAGAUGACAAAUUAUUAAAGAAUAUUAUCAAAUAAUUACUUAUUAAAGGUUGGACUUUUAAAAAAUAGAUAGAAAUUCUUGAUAAAGUUUAGCCAUUGAAUUUAGAUUCAAAGAAAGAGAAAUCUAUAGUUUAAUUGUUCAAGACUCUUUAUUAUUAUAAAGUUUAACCAGAUAAAGAUAUAAUAAGUAUCUUAGAUAAUGAUGAAUAUCAUAAUUGGAAUAAUUAAGUAUAUAAUUUAGCUUUGAAAGAUAUUUAAAAUAAAGCUGGAGCAAAAGAUAUAUAAAUAUUAGUAGAUGAAUUGAAAUAAAUAAAUAAAAAAUUAAUAAUUAAUAAAGAUUUUUAUAUGAAUAUGAUUAACUAAAUAAAGGAAAAGGGUUAAGAAAUAUCAGAUUGGAAAAAGAAACAUAUAUAAAAAUGGGCUAACGAUGUAAAAUAAUAAUAAAAAGAGAAUUUCAAAAAUAUAAGAUUUAUAGUUGAAUCAAUAGCUGUGAUCAAAUAAGCUAUUUUUAUUUACUAAUAAUUGAAUUUAACUUACUCAUAAAUUAUGAGUGCUUUGAUAAUUUUAUUGUAAGGAUAGGAUGAAGGAGUAUUAUUAUAAGUAAGUACUGGUGAAGGUAAAUCCAUUAUAAUAUGUAUCAUCGCCAUAUUUUAUGGAUUAUAAGGAUUUGCAAUAAAUAUUCACACCAGUUCUCCUGUUUUAGCAGAGAGAGAUUCAAAAAAGAUGGCAAAUCUAUAUAAGUAUUUUGGUCUUGAAUGUAGUGAUAAUUGUGACAAAUCAAAAUACAUUAAAAAUGUUAAAUAAUGUUAUAAAAAAGAUAUUGUUUAUGGUGAUGUAUCCUAAUUUUAAUUUGAUUAUCUAAGACAUCAUCAUAAUUAAUUAAAUACAAUGGGUGACAGAAAAAUGGAGAUAGCUAUUGUUGAUGAAGUUGAUAGUAUGCUUAUAGAUGAGAGUUCAAAAUUUGCUAGAUUAUCCACUACAGUUGCUGGUAUAUGUCAUUUUUAACCUAUAUAUUUAUUUAUUUGGUAAAGAAUUAAAUUACUUGAUGAAUAAAUAGUUAAAAUUGAUUCGAAAUAUUAUUACUUUCAUGAAAAAAUUGUAAAAAAUGAAAAUAAGUUAAGUCUAUAAAUUUAGAAAUCAGAUGGAAAUAUAUAAAUCAUUGAAGAUUUAGAAUAGUUUAUUUUGAAGAACUAAUUACCUAUUCCAAAAGAAAUAGGAGAAAUUAUUGAUAAUUUAGAUGAUUUUAUAAAAAUAGAUAUAGAAUAAUAUAUUAAAUGGAUAGUCUAUGAAAAUCAAAUCAUCAUUCUACCUAAUUAUUUUAAAUAAUAUUUAAAACUUUAAUUACCUAAUUGGAUAUGUAAUGCUUUAUAAGCAAUUAAAUUUUAAGAAAAUAUUCAUUAUAUUAUUAGUGAUGGCUAAAUAAAACCAGUUGAUUAUUAAAAUACAGGAAUAAUUUAGAAUUCUACUUAUUGGGGAAAUGGAUUACAUUAAUUUUUAUAAAUAAAACAUAAUCUUAAAAUUACAUCUGAAACUUUCUUAACAAAUUUUUUAUCUAAUGUUGGAUAUUUUAAAAAAUACAAUAAAAGAUUAUUUGGUUUAACAGGUACAUUAGGUUCGGAAAAAGCUUAAGAAAUGUUAAAUUAAGUUUAUGGUGUUAAUUUAGUUUUUAUUCCUUAAAAUAACUAUAAAUUAUUUAAGGAAUUACAAUUAGUUGUUGUAGAUAAUAAUAAAAAAUGGUUGCGAGAAAUCAUUUAAUCAGCUAUUAGUGAAUGCAAUAAAAAAAGAGGUGUUCUAAUUAUAUGUGAAACUAUAUUAGAUGCUCAUAAAAUUUAAGAAAAAUUAUAAUUGAAAUAUAAUAAAGGUAAUAUCAAACUUUAUGAUAUGAAUAAUAAAUUUUUGGAAAAGGAUAUUGAAAUGAUUUAUCCACAUCAAAUAUUUGUUGCUACAAAUCUUGCAGGUAGAGGCACUGAUAUCAAGACAAAUAAUAUUGAAGAAUAUGGAGGAUUACAUGUAAUAUUAACAUUCAUGCCUACUAAUUAAAGAAUUGAAGAAUAAGCAUUUGGCAGAACUGCUAGAUUAGCCAAUAAAGGGACAGGAUAAAUUAUUUUAAAUUAAUGUAAUAUUAAACAUUUAAUUGAUGAUUAAAUAGAUUAUUCAGAAUUAAAGAAAAAAAGGAAUGAAUUUGAAGCUAAAAGAUUAUAAGAGUAUAUGGAUUAUAAUUUAAAAUAAAUAGAAAAAAAAGAGAUGUAUUUUGAAAAGUUUUGUAAUCUUUUAAAUCAAUAAAGAUAAAUUAUUUAAUCUUAAAACUAAUUAAAUUAAUUAGAGAGACAUUAUACAAAUUUAAAUAUUGAAGAAAAAUGGGCAGUAUUUCUAAUGUAGAAUUAAGUUAUUUAAGAAAAUACAGAUGAUAAGUUUAAAGAAUUUGAAGAUCAUGUGAAUAACCUUUGUGAAAAGAAAGAAAUAAUAUGCAAUCCUUAUUAUAAAAUAGAUAUUUAACAAUCUCAACUUAAAAAAUAAACACAAAUAUAAGAUAAAAUAAAUGCUUUAAAUGCCAUCAUAAAAGUUGAUGGUGAUCAAUUAGCUAUUAUUUAUUAAGAAUUAGCCUACCUUUAUCUUUAAACAGAUAUUUAAGAUAAAAAUAAAGCAUUGAACUAUUUAUAAAAGACAGCUGAAUUAUUAAAUAAAGAAUUUAUAACAUGGUAGAGUUUAAAUGUGAGUUUAUCCAAAUAUUUGAAGAAUUUUCAAGAUAGUGAUUUAUAAUAAUAAAUUAUAAAAAAACUUUAAAUUAUUGAAACUUGUGCAAAUAGUAUAGAAGCAAAUAUUAAAGUAAUUAAAAAAUCUUAAAGAUUAAUAAAUAUUGUUAAUAAAGAAGAAAAUGGUAAUUAAAAAGAAAUCUAAAUAAAGUUAAUUCAUCUUGGCUUAGAAAAGAAGGAAGCUAUUAAAUUAUGUUCUUCUAUAAAAUCAAAUAAUAUUUAAUUGAUAUUUAAUGAUCUAUCUUAUUAUGAAGACUACAUUGAUUAAGAUUCUGCAAUAAAGACUAUUGAAUAGAUUUGUGAUAAAGAUUAAUUAAUCGAAAAUUAAAUCACUUUACAAUUAAAUGAAAUUUCUGUAUCCAAACUAAAUUUAUUAUUUUAUAAAAGAGAUAUAAAUAUGGGACUUUAUAAAGAAUUUGUAUUAUAAAUUUUAAAAGAUUAAAAAAAAGUACAAAAACAUAUACUUCUAAAAACACCUUAAUAAAAUUAUGAAGCAAAAUCUAUUUAAGAUGCAAUAGAAAUAGUUAAUAAUAUAGAUAAUGAAAUUUUAAUGGAUAUAAUCUUUAUGAGUGAAGAGACAAAAUAAUGGUAAACUGAUUUACAAGAAAAUAUUAAGAUGGAUAUUGAAAUUAUAGAUUUGGAUAAAGAAAAAGUUAAAAAAGAAUUAGAAAUUAUCAAUUAUGAAUCAAUUAAUCUUGUGAUAACAUGUGAUAUUGAAGAUAUUUCUUAGAUAAUUAAAUAAGAAUAUUUAAUUAAAUUGAAACAUCUCAACAAACAAUUACAAAUGUUAUAUAAUAAGAAAUAAGCUUAAUAAUUAUUUGAAUAGAUCGAAAAUAAAUAUAAUAUUUAAACUAUAUCAAUUCCAAAUAUUGAAAAAGAAAACAUUCUAAAAAUAUUGAAUAUUUGUAAAGAUACGGCUAAAUUCAAUUUAUAAUUUAAUAAAAUAAAUAGCUUCUAUUCUUUUGAAGGGAAUAAAUUAGUUAAUGUAAGAUUUAGAACAGAAAAUAUUAUGUGGAGUAAAAUACUAAUAUAAUAAUUAAGAAAAUUCUAAUUAGAAUUUUAAUUGAUUUUUAAUUGUCUAAAUUAAGAGUAAACUCGUAAAUAUAUUGAAUAAGCUGAUAUAUAAUUAAAAAGUGUCAAAAUAGUCAAUAGGAAAAAAAUAAAGGAAUAUAAUUUAACAAAAAAUUUAGAUGAUUUACAAGAAUAUUAGGAUUUUGAAGCAAGAGGAAUUAAAGAUAUCAUUAUUUUAAAUGAAAAUAAGUUUAUUCCAUUUUAUAACAUGUUAUUUCUUGGUACAGUAGCCUUUUCCUAAUUGAUAGUUGGAGGUCUAUUAAUGACAACUGGACUUGGAGGUAUUGUUGGGAAUAUGAUUCUUUAAGAAGGAGUUUCAGAUCUCAUUAUUCUAAUAACAUCAUACUAUAAAAGAGAAUUCUCUUGGGCUGAUUACUGUUAUUAAAAGAUAGCCAGCAUAUUAUGCACUACUCUCACUUUUGGAUUGAAAAUAAUUAGGGAUACCAGCAAAACUAAGGAUUUCUUUCAAAUUAUAGACUAAAAAUAAAGCAUAAAAAUGUUAAAAAUAAAAUCGAUUUUUCAUGAAACAUGGAAAUAAUCUUUUUAGUCAUUAGCCCUUAAAGGAUGUAAUCUAAUUCUUACCAAAAUGUUUUCAGCAACACUUGAAAAUACUAAGUCUUAAUUGUAGUAAUUUCUUUAUAAAAUGAUUUAAGAAAAAUUUUCUUAAAAAGAUACAAUUAAACUUCUUAGAAAAAUUUAAGUUUUAAAUUAAAUCUAAAAAAGAAACUUGGUUGAGGAUAUAAAUAAAUAUAUUUCGAAAGUCUUAAAAAUAAUUAGGUUAGUAAAUACUUUUACUAGUUAUCUUGAAAAUUUCAUAAUAAAAUUUUCAGUCCAUUAGGAAGGAGGAUUUGGAAGCUGGAUUUACUCUUUAUGUUGUAAAUUUAUUUAAGAAGUAUUGAUAAUUUUAUAAUAAAAAAAAUUAAUUGAUUAUUUGCAUACUGAAUUCAAAUCCUAAUUGAUUUUAUUUGCUAAAACAGAAUAUAAUCUCUAAUGUUUAUACUAAAAAUGGAUUAGUAACAAACCUUUAAUAGAAAACUAAGCAAGAGUUAAUGAAUCCUUAACAGAUUUAAAUUAAAAAUUGGGUGAAAUUCUUUAAGUUUAAGAUAAUAUCGAGUAAAAUACAUAUUAUCAACUUACUGACGAAUUAAAAUAAGUUUUAAUUGAAAAUUAAACUCCUAAAUAAGUAUAAGAUUUCUUAAGAUAUUUAUCAGAAAAUGAAUAAAAACUUGAAAGUUAAUAAGAAGACAAAUUUAUAGAAAAAAUCAUUGAAGAUAUUUCUGAAUAAUUAACUUAAUAAUUAUACUGUUUGGCAGAAUAAUAAAUUUUAUUACCUUUGAUUAGUUGUGGAACUUCACAGUUAGCAAGCAAUUUUAUCUCAAAUUUUCAAUAUAAGGCUGUUGAGAAUAUAUCCAAAAUAAAAGAUUCUUUAAAUAAUGAUGAAGAAUACUUAAAUACAGUGACAUAAACUUAAGAUUAAAAAGAAAAUCAUUUAAAUACAAUAACAUAGACUUUAGAUUAAAAAGAACAUAAUUUAAAUACAAUAGUAUUGACUUAAGAUUAAAAAGAACAUCAUUUAAUUACAACAACAUAGACUUUAAAUUAAAAAGAGAAUCAUUUAAUUACAACAACAUAGACUUUAGAUUAAAAAGAGAAUCAUUUAAUUUCAAUAACAUAGACUUAAGAUUAAAAAGAACAUCAUUUAAUUACAACAACAUUGGCUUAAGAUUAAAAAGAAUCUUUAUAAUUUAUAAUAAUAUCGACAUCAGACUAGGCAGAAUCUUCAUAAUAAGUGGUAACAUAGAAUUAAGACUAAUAAGAAUCUCCAUAGCAGAGACAUUUUUGGUCUUUACAAUAAAGAGAAUCUUCAUAAGUUAUUACAACAUCAUCUUAAGAAUAAGGAGAAUCUUCAUAAGUUAAUACAAUAUCAUCUUAAGAAUAAGGAGAAUCUUCAUUGUCAGGGGGAACAUAGAAAAAUGACUAAGAAAUACCUCCAUAACCUAAAGAAAAAGAACAUCAUUUAAUUACAACAACAUAGACUUUAAAUUAUAAAGAACAUCAUUUAAUUACAACAACAUAGACUUUAAAUUAAAAAGAGAAUCAUUUAAUUACAACAACAUAGACUUUAGAUUAAAAAGAAUCUUUAUAAUUUAUAAGAAUAUCGACUGAUGACAAGGCAGAAUCUUCAUAUAAAGCGGAAACAAAGAAUGAAGACUAAUAAGAAUCUCCAUUACAUAGAAAUGACGAUACGACUGAUCAAAAAAAUUUUACAAAAGUUUCUCCUAUACAUAAAAAUUCUGAUUAAACCUCGUCUGAUGAUAUUCCAUUGUAUAAAAACCCUUUGAUAAUAUAUCCUGCAAUCGGAAUUACUGCAUCUAUAUUGUUAGUUGGAAUUUUUAAAUCAUUUUAUAAAAAGAAUUAGAUGAUAACCUGA